ACACAUGUGAAUUUAAAAAAAUUGAUGAAUUCUACUUUAGAUCUGAUAUCUAAGAAUUUAUUUUAUGUAUGCACAAGUCCCGCAUUAUUUUAUAUAUAUAAUCAAACAUUUGGACAAAGUAAGCUAAUGGGAAUGGAUCAGCAUCCUUCUAUUAUAAUUAAGGAGGAGGAUAAUAAAUAUCUCACUAAAUUGAUAGGCCAAACAUAUUAUCAUAAUGGGUAUCAUCCAGAAGCUAACAUAAAAUAUUAUGUUACAUCCCAAAAUAAUAUUAUAACCACAGGUUGUUCUAAGCUCAGUUUCAAAGCCUAUCUUGGGAUUCCACCUUUUUACUUACCAUCUCACCACAAUGAAAGGAUGACAAAUUAUGACACCACUCAACAAGACACUCCGCCAUUUUCCCCUAACGAUUUUGUCCUGAGUCAGGCCGCUUUGGGAUUGACCUGUAACGAACCUUUCUCUCGCUUCUCUUCCUUCCUGGUCUACUGUCUGGCUUCGCUAUCUCUAGCCAGAUUCGUGACAUCUAUGCUCCAUUCCAUAUUCGAAAAAGCCGUGGCACAACGUAUAGCUACGGAGGCCUCCUAUAUGUCAGGAAACAAUGUUUUAAUGGGAAGAUCGCCAGUAAGUAAUAUCUCCCCAUUUAUCUCGGGUAUAUUCAGGCGGGCCGGGUUGCGUCGAGCCGCCCUCAUAGCAUACGGGCCCGUUCUCUUUAUCAGUUUCGCGAUGGUUUACGCGCCUUACUCUUCCUUCUUGCACUCUUACAAACUCGCAAUAUGUAUCAGUUCUAGCGAUAAGGGGGUGGCCAGUCUCAGCGAGGCUCACGCUCGGGCUGGGUUGUCUCACCUGGAAGGCCAAUUAACGAGAAGUUUAGCAAAAGAAAAUAUUACAAGGAGAGCUGAUGAUUCUGUAGACCGGAAAAUGGCCAGUAAUAACGUAAUAAGAUCAACGAUUGGCACCGAGGAAACUGGCACAAACAUAGGGAGAUCGCACGAAUCGACAGCAACUAAAUCAAGUCAACGUAAUGUCAACGUGAAAAAUUCCGAGGAGGAAUUGAUGACGAAAUUGGUUAAAUUUUAUCACGAAAUGGUUAGGUUCAUAGAACGCGGUUUUUCUGAAGGGUAUGUUGAGCUUGACGCGAGCGAUUUACAAAAGCGAAUAGCCAAUUUGGAAAAAAUUAUACAGGCAGGAAAAUACAAGUUGAGUGACGGCGCCAAAGAAAUCGUGUGAAACUUAUGUUUAUUAAUUUUUUAGCUCCCACAUUUAAACAAGAUGAAUUCUCAUUAUUUUUAUUAUCGAAAAGUAAA